UGCUCUUUCACAACUCACUAUGGCUCUCUUACGUAGUGAGCUUCCGCUAAGAUAUUUUCGAGUGUGGUUUGUUAUAACGCUUCAGAUGCUUUCGAAAUUAUGUUAGGACAACAAGGGCGGAAUUUCAUAGUUUUAUGAGAAUCAUGAUUACAUCGACAUUUGUAAAACACAUUUUCAUAACACUAGCUACUGUUUACGUAUUAGAUACUGCCGUUGCUUCUUCGCCAAAUUUCAUUACAUAUGAGGAGCUAUUAAACUAUCUUUACAGCAAGAGAAGGUUACAUAAAUUCCCCGCUUGUUAGAAGAGCCAUGAGUUUUGUUGAUCGUAGAAUUUUCGUUACUCAGAAACCAUACGAAGACAGUUCACAGCCAAUCGGCUAUAAUGUCAAAAUCUUGGCACCUCAUGUACAUGCUCUUAUUCUGGGAGCUUUAGAAAGCCGUCUCCUAAUUAAUGGGAACGUUUCUUGUAUAUCAUGCCACAGUGGGUACUUAAUGUCAAUUAUGGGCCUUUAUGUUAUGAAACGAGGUAUUGUUGCAGGAGUUGAAACUGAAAAGAGUUUGACCGAUUUGAAUUAUGCGAACAUCGAAAAAUGGAUUCAAUCUAGUCGAAUAGCGAAAGCAUUCCUUUUUACCAAAGAUGCACCGUAUAAACUUUAUACUCGCUCCGAAGAAUCUUAUGAAGUGCCCGAUGGACCAUAUAGUGCUACUUUUUAUAAUGGAGGUGACAUGGAAACUGUUAAUGUGUUAAAGCAACGUUUGAAAAAAACUGGUCGCCUUGUUUAUCUAAAAGGAACUGAAAAAGAAGGUCAAACCUUAAUGGUGAUAGAUCAUCUGUCCAAUGGUUCUUUCUAUGAAAGGAUAUUGGCUAGUGUUCGAUUGGAUAAGGAUGAAGUAGAAGAAGCGGAAAGAGGAGAAGAGUCAGAUGGAGGAAAAGGAGAAGGGUCAGGUGGCGAAAAAGAAGUGGAAGGCCCACUGAAGGAAAUCGAAGAAACAUUGACACCUAUACCUGUUCGACCUCCAUUUGCCGAUUUCGAAGAUAUCAUUAUUUCGUCGGUACAAAUUAAGCACAUUCCUGAUGUUAAAAUAAUACUCCUGCUAGUCUGCAUUGCUAUCAUGCAUCUCAUGCAUCCCACUAUUUUAAUGUGA